CUCAAGCCUAGGAAGUUCGGGCCGGUGCGGGCAGAAGGGGCUUAGUUACUGUCCUGCCCAAAGGCUAAUAAUAAAUGGAGGGGCUAAUAGAAGAGCUGCGGAGCCGUGUCCGUGAGCUGGAGGAGGAACUAGACAGGGUGCGGAACGGACAACAUGAGGGCCACAGGACUAAGAUCGAGAAGAUGAGUGCGGAGGUGGUGGACUCCAAUCCAUACAGUCGUUUGAUGGCUUUGAAAAGAAUGGGAAUAGUUGAAAAUUAUGAAAAAAUUCGCACAUUUACAGUGGCUGUUGUGGGUGUUGGUGGUGUUGGCAGUGUAACUGCUGAAAUGCUGACGAGAUGUGGCAUUGGUAAGCUGCUUCUGUUUGAUUAUGACAAAGUGGAGCUGGCAAACAUGAACAGACUUUUCUUCCAACCUCACCAAGCUGGUCUGAGCAAAGUAGAGGCUGCAGAGCACACACUCCGAAAUAUCAACCCAGAUGUCCAGUUUGAAGUGCACAACUACAAUAUAACUACUCUAGAUAACUUUCAACAUUUCAUGGAUAGAAUAAGCAAAGGUGGUCUCAAAGAAGGUUCGCCCGUUGACCUGGUGCUAAGCUGUGUGGACAAUUUUGAAGCCCGAAUGGCAAUUAACACUGCCUGUAAUGAACUUGGCCAAGUCUGGAUGGAGUCUGGAGUCAGUGAAAAUGCUGUAUCAGGGCACAUUCAGCUCAUUAAACCUGGGGAAACUGCCUGUUUUGCAUGUGCCCCUCCUCUAGUAGUUGCAGCAAACAUUGAUGAAAAAACUCUAAAACGGGAGGGAGUCUGUGCAGCCAGUUUACCUACUACCAUGGGAGUUGUAGCUGGGAUACUGGUACAGAAUGUUCUUAAAUAUCUCUUGAAUUUUGGCACUGUUAGUUUUUACCUGGGAUACAAUGCAAUGCAGGAUUUUUUUCCAACUAUGGCAAUGAAACCCAACCCGCAGUGUGACGACAAGUACUGUAGGAAACAGCAGGAAGAAUUCAAGUUAAAAGAAGCAGCAAAACCUAAGCAAGAAACUGUGGUGGUAGAAGAAGAAGAAGUUGUGCAUGAGGAUAAUGACUGGGGUAUCGAGCUUGUUUCAGAGGUCUCAGAAGAAGAAUUAAAGGCUGCAUCUGGGCCAGUUCCUGACCUUCCAGAGGGAAUAAAGGUUGCAUAUACAAUCCCAAUAACGAAACCUACAAGUGGCUUUACAGUUGAAGACUCCGAGCAAAGCCUUGAUGAACUAAUGGCCCAAAUGAAGAACCUGUAGACACAAAAAACACACACCAUUGCCAUGGCUUCACAGCAGAAAUGCUAGUGCUACAUGAAAAAUAACACACUGCUCUUAUUAAAACAUGAUAGUUAGUGUUGCAUCAUCAUCAUCAGGCUCUGUAUUUUUCAGUAAUAAUAUAUUAUUAAUAAACCAAGCAUCCACAAUA